GGUGGGAUGCUUAGGAAAUUUUUAUGACGGCGAUGGAUAUCGAUAAGGAUUUCUUAAUGCACCUGCAAGCGCCCCUGCAAGUAAUACAGUAUGCCCCUAGCACCGUAGCAGCUGCUAGUAGGUACCUGUACUACCUGCCAAGCAUUUUAUAUAGCACUUGGUCAAUGCUUCCCCAUUGUUAACAUUGAAUCAGGUACAGUAAGAACAUCUCAUCUAUCGUCUUCGCCUUCCAUAACUUCAUCAAUACAUACAUACGUACGAGUCUCAUGUCUUUCCUUAAAACUUGAGAGAUUCCCUAAAUGCUCUUAUUAAAUCUCGGGUUCGCCUAAAGCAAAAUUCUCUCUAUGCACCGAACAAACUUCAUUGCAUAAUGGGACGACUUGAGCCCUUAACAUCCCUGGCACUAGGUAGAUCUCCUUACGAUGAUGUCGUGACAGGGGAAGGAGAGCCAGAUCCUCAUGAGCCUGAAAAGCAAUACGACGGGACAGGGCGUAUUGUGAAUCCCCAAACAAAGAAGAUCAUCAAGGAUAUUAUUCGCGCCCACAACGAGGUGAUGUUGGUCAUAGGCGUCGCCGAACCUGAGAAUAAUGGCGCUAGCCCAGCCGACAUAGAAAUGACAAGGCAGUAUCACGAAUAUGAAAGCGACACAGGACGAACGCUAUAUCAAGUCGGUACAAGUCUUGGUAUAUUAGGCACCUGGGGUGUUCUCAAUAUCCGACGACGCAUUCUAGUGUACAAAAGACACGCAGAUGUAUCAUUCUUUCGUAUGAUGCAGACGGAACGCAGUAGCCAUUCCAUCCUACAGUUAUGCUUUGCAGGCUAUCCGUGCCACCUCGUUAUGCAUGGAUUGCGGCUGACUUCCAGGUACAUGAGGGCAUUUACGAGCAAAGGCGGAAACCCUUGGCUCCCUGCCGCCAUCGAAUAUAUUCGAUUUCAUUUACAUCUAUUCCUCACAAUGCAACGCUUAGAUUUGGUUCCCGCAUCUCAGCUACUUCCCGGCCCCAAGUUCUUUAUACCCUUCUCCAGCUCUUCUCCACUAGUUGCGCCACCUCCGCUUGAAUCAUUCAGCUUCUCAGGCGUCUCUAGGUGGGUUGGUCAAUUGAUUAUGGGGCUGGCACCUUACGCUACAUUUUAUAUCUGUGGUUUUCUUUGGCAGUCGGCAUGCGCUACGUGUAGGCUAUACAUACGAAGGCGUCUACCACGUCCUUUAAAUUUCCAUACGGGCAAUCGAAGCCUGGGCUCCACUGGCGCGACUCAGAGGCAGGCUGUUCCGGAAUCGCCGACAUUGGGCGCAGCUGAUAGGGAUGUUAGACCUCAGAACUUUGAUACUGAUGCUACGACUUCAUUAGCUCUAGAUGUCCAAUCUAAUGGCGAAACAGUUCCGGUCGGCUCAAUAAGGAGACAGAGCACAUUUUCAAGCCGGGGCGGAGAAGAUUACGGGACCGACGAAGAAGACUCUGAGAUGGUCAAUCCUACACUCAUCAGCUUUGACGUGGAUACUAGCGAACCUACGGAACCGCCUACCGGAGUCUGGUCAGCGGAGCUACGGCCAAAUCUUCAGGGAGACCCUCGUCAACAGCCCAAAGAAACACCUCGCUAUAUCGUAAAUCCCCUUACCAAGUUGCCUAGCUCAUUUGCGGCAGACAUACUUGCUAAUUUCAUUACAAACAUCUUUUUCCUACCUAUUGAUAUAUAUGCGUUCCCGAUUGCUGCACGGGCGCUUGCAUGUAGCAGAGGCCUCCCUUAUGGGGGUAUGAAUAUUGGAGGCGGUGUGACAUGGCGUGGAAUCUUCAAUAUCAUCCAGCUGGAUGUGGUCAAGCUGCUCAUCUCUGGCGAGGUUUGGGCUUUCACUACUAUAGUUUCGCAGUGGCUACAUGUUACCGAGGAAGAGUGGAAGGAAAUACGCAAGGAAGAAGACCAAGAAUGAGCGGAUCUCCAUUAGGGGUUUACCAGACGAAGCUGGGAUUUCCAUCUGCUACACAUGCAGCUGAUGCAAACCUAGCACUAAAUACGGCAAUGGACCCAAUGAUUAUUGAUGUUCUAGCCGCGGGUCAGAUCAUGUUGCGGCGCCUGUAGUAUAUAGGCGGUUAGAUAAGAACACGCAUCCUGUUUAUCAAGCGGGUUGUGAUACCAAUAUUGUAAGGGGCAAAGCGGGAACUGGGUGUACUUUCAGCAUUCCGCACAUAAUUAUAUACGAUGUUUAUCCAAGCGGACUGCUACGGUAGCACUUCAUAGAGUGCGGUAUUACGCGACACUGGAUCUUAAAUAACAACGGUAAUCCAUCGCAAAAUGGGACGUAUCGCGAAACCCUUUAGCCAUCUCCGAUGGAUAUCAAGCUUUAUGC